AUGAAACGUGCGGUGGAGCAAUAUGCUUGUAGGAACUUUGAGUGCUUAUCGAGCAAGAAUCCUAAACGGGGUUAUUCGAAAUGCACAAAUUUUUUUGAGAUGGAGAAGGAAAAUCUUAAAUGGGUCACAAACACGUCGUUUCCAACUGAUAUCUUGAUCAAAGACGCGUUAAGUGUCAAGCCUGGGGAGAUCAGGAUAGGGCUCGAUUUUGGUAUAGGCACGGGGACAUUUCCUGCAAGAAUGAGAGAGCAUAAUGUGACGAUUGUGACGACGGCUUUAAACCUUGGACCCUCGUUUAACGAAAUGAUAGCGCUUAGAUGUCUGAUUCCUUUGUAUGUGACAUUGAACCAAAGGUUACCGUUCUUUGAUAACACAAUGGAUUUGAUUCACACAACAGGGUUUAUGGAUGGGUGGAUUGAUCUGCAGUUGAUGGAUUUCAUUUUGUUUGAUUGGGACCGGAUCUUGCGGCCGGGCGGGUUGUUGUGGGUCGAUCGGUUUUUCUGCAACUAG